AUGGCUGAAGUGGACUUUAGCACGGAUGACGAGACGCUGUCGGGGGCGGCCUCGCCCGUGGCUGCAAACGGGCUGCGCCCGCCUCGCCCACGCCGCCGCAAGUCCUCCUCCCGCCAAGGCAUGAGGCACAUCGACAUUUACAUCUCCCCCAAACGCCCCAGUCUAGAGGCCAGCCGACUACUCACGGCCUUUUUCGGCGCACCUGCCGGGCCCCCACAAGCUCACGCCGCCUUGUCACACCAUACUCUGCCAGUGUCCCGCAACUACUACCGGUUUAGCCGCCUGACCGAUGGCAUCACCAACGUCGUCCUCAAGUGCACUCAGACUGAAACCCGCCCUGAAUCACCGCACCCACACAUCCUGCUCAUGCGCAUCUACGGUGACAAUACCGAGCGCUUGAUCGAUCGCGAGGCUGAACUGACAUCCCACGAGCUGCUGGCCUCCCAGUCCCUGGCCAUGCCCUUGUACGGCUCUUUUCUCAAUGGCUACGUCUAUGGCUACAUGCCUGGUGACGUUUGCUCCAGUGAUCAACUGGCUGACGAAAACGUGGCCAUCCCGACCGCACAACACCUGGCUCUCUUUCACCGCACCAUGUUCAAGGCCGCCACCCCCUCUGCCAACGUUGCUGCUGCCGCCCUUCGAGGUGGUCCCUUUGAUCUCAGUGCUGGCAACUCUGUCUGGCUCGCUACGGUCCGCCAGUGGCUGACCCUGCAGCCGGCGGCCAGCGUCUCUGACCCCCGCCUACAGGCCGAGUUUGCCCACCUAACGGAUAGCCUCCUUGUCACCCUCACCAAUCAAGUCGUGGAGGCUUGCAAGCCACAUGACUCUGAUCUGGUCAUUUGUCAUAAUGACCUCCUAGCUGGCAAUAUUCUGCGGCAGGAAGAUGGAAGCGUCCGCUUUAUCGACUACGAAUACUGUGGUGCCAAUCCCCGUGCCUACGACUUUGCCAACCAUUUUAAUGAGUACUGCGGGCUGGGACCCGUGGACUUUGGAAAGUAUCCCAGUGUGGAUGCUCAGCGUCGCUUUGUGGAGGUGUAUGCCGAUGCCCUUGGCGGUGAUAUGCUGCAGACGCCCGAGUCGCGUGAGGCCUUUCUGGCUAGCAUUGAGGCCCACCGCAUGGCAUCCCAUCUUUUGUGGAGCAUCUGGAGUCUGUUGCAGGCAACGAGCAGCCAGAUUGAGUUUGACUACGUUGGUUACGCCCACGAGCGCAUUACCGAGCUGCAACGCCUGCUGGCCGGACGCGAUGCAGAUGUUCAUGUCAAACCUGCGCCUCUGACCACUGAUGUCUGAUUUGGUGGC